AUGAACUUCAAAUAAUAACAAAGUUUAUCUAAAAUAAAAUCUAAUAAGACAUUGCUCUUUAAAGGUGAUAAAAUAAAAGUAAAUAAAACAAAAUCUAUUCCAAAUACUCCCACAUCAUCUAAACUCUAACAUAUAGGUUCACAUGCAAGAAUUCAUACUGUGAUUGAAUCAGAAAAUAAGGAAAAAAUACUCGAACCUAACAAUAAAAGAAUUACUCGAAUAUAAUAAAUAUCUCUUGAUUCUGAACCUAAACAUCUCUUUAGAAAAGCUAGUUAAUUAACUAUAUAAAGUGAUUCAGAUUUAGCCAAUUUUAUUCAAAUUUAAACUACUAGAACAACAAGAGAACUUAAAUUGGAAAAAUAGAAUGAUAUAAAAACACCUAACAAAUUUUUUAUUGGAAAAGAACAAAAAAUCAAUAAAUUCUAAGAAUGCGAGUCUUAAAAGAAUAAUAAGAUUUUGGAUUUACUUUUAUUAAAUACAUAAUAAUUGAAAGAUAUUUUCUAGAAAACAAAAGAACCUCAGAUUAGAUAAAAACCAAAAAUCAAUAAUAUUAAAGGAUUUCCAUCUGAUUUCUUUUCUAUAUAAUGA